AUGAUUCCAUCAAACAGAAAUAGUAAUAAUAACAAUAACAACAACAACAACAAUAACAACAAGGAGAAUAUACAAAAACGACAGAUGAGCAACAAAGAUGAAAGAGGAAAUGGUGAUGUAGUUUUGGAUUAUAACAGUAGCAGUAGAGAUGAUAAUCAUGAGAAUGGACAAGGUGGUUUAGUCAUAUCAGAGGAAGAAAUGUCAAUGAAUACAAUAUCAUCAACUAUAAAUAACAACAACAACAACAACAACAAAGACGACAAAGUUUAUGAUAAAGAACAGAAACAUACAAUUAAAAGUACUACGACAUUGUUGUACAACAACCAAGAUUAUCAUGAUAUUAAUACAAAUCAAGUUGAAUUAACGACCACCAAUAAGAAUCAUUCAAGUAGAUUAGGAAAGGUUGCCAAAUUACCUUUUCAUUGGAUUUAUAUGAACAACAGUACUGUUGAUGGUUACAAUAACAACCAAGUUGGUGGAUUUAGACAUAAAACUUUGAUUGUAUUCAUUAAUCCAGUUAGCGGAACUGGAAAAGGUCCAUCAAUUUUUGAAUCAGUCCGACAUUUAUUUCAAGAUAGAAACUAUACUUUACAUGUUACAGAGACAAAAUAUAAAGGAGAUGCAGGAAGAAUAACAUCACAAUUAUCGCAAAAAGAUUGUGAUGGUAUUGUUUGUGUUGGAGGUGAUGGUCUUAUCAAUGAAGUAGUAAACGGACUAUUAAAUAGAGAUGAUCAGUCUAUUAGCAGACAUAUUCCUAUUGGCAUACUUCCUGCCGGUACAAGAAACGGUUUGUCAAAUAGUUUGGGGAUAACCAACGUUUAUGAUGCCGUUAAUAUAAUUCUUCGUUCACAAAUUCAUUAUAUAGAUUUCCUCUUCUCUAUUCACAACAACAACAACAACAACAACAACAACAACAACAAUAAUUUAGAAAGUAACACUACAAAUUCUUCAAACAACAUUCUACCAAAAUUGAAUUUAUCAAACCAACAAGAAAAACAACAACAAUAUUUUGAAAAUCAUGAUUCACCUUUAUCCCCAUCUACCAACAAUAAUAAUAAUAAUAACCAUCAAAAACAAACAACAAAUGUAAAUUGUAUAAAGAAUGAUUUUUGUCAAGGAUGCAAACAACAAUAUAAAACAACUUUUGGAGGUAAAAAGUCGAUGAAUGAUAUUACAGACUGGAUUACAGUCGAAGGUUCCUCGACAAACACACCUUUUGGACUCACAUUCUUUGUGGCAGGUAAUUGUUCUCAUAUUUCAAAAGAUUUUAAUCUUUUCCCUGGAUCUCACCUUUCUGAUGGUUUCAUAGAUCUUGUCAUAUCUACUGAAAAUGACAAGAAAAAAUUGGUACCUUGGUUGUUUAGUGAUUCAAUACCAACACCAAAUCAACCUUUUAAAUAA